AUGGAGGUUAGGUCCGGGCUGGCACACUUGCAGGAGGAAAGCUGCUGCCCCAUUUGUCUGGAUUACUUCAAAGACCCCGUGACCAUCGACUGUGGGCACAACUUCUGCUUUGACUGCCUGCAUAUGUGCUGGAAGGAUCUCCACAGUGGACCUGCUGAUGACUUUCCCUGCCCGGUGUGCCGAUUUCACUUUGCCCGCAUCCACUUCAAGAGGAACCCCCAGCUCCGGAAUUUGGCUGAAAUUGCCAAGCAACUCCAGGUGCGAAGGAGCAAGAGGCAGCAGAGGCUGGAGGAACACCCCAUGUGCCAGAAGCACAACCAGUUCUUGACCUUUUUCUGUUCGAGGGACAUGCAGGUGUUAUGUCCGCUGUGCAGUUUCUCGGCAGAACACCAAUCACACUACAUUUGCUCUGUGAAGACGAUUGCCUCUUAUCACCGGGGGCUGGUAAAAGAGUCCCUGAGUACCUUGCAGAGCAAUGCAGAGCGCGCAGACAAGGUGGUCGCCCUGCAAGGCACGAGAUCCAAGGAGCUGAGAGCCCAGGUGGAGCUCCGCACGGAUGAAAUCAAUUCCGAGUUCGAGCAAGUCAGGUGGUUUUUCCAGGUUCAGCAAGAGGCUCUCCUUCAGCAGAUGCGGGAGGAAGAGUCAAGCAUUUUAACAGAGCUUCAGAAACAUCUGGUAACGCUUUCCAGCCAGGUUUCCACUCUGUUGCAUCUCCUGAAAGAGGUCAAGGACAAGCAAGCAAGUUCUGACCUGGAGCUGCUGACAGAUGUGAAGAGUCUCCACGACAGGUUGCACAAUAGGAAAAGUCCUGAGCUCGUCUCUUUCCAGUUAAAGGAAUAUGCUUUCGGGCUCCCUCCACAGUACUCUAGUUUGGAUCCGAUUAUCAAGAAGUUUCACAUCCAGGUGUCUUUGGAUCCCAACACGGCUCACCCCUACCUUGUUGUUUCUGAGGACAGAAAAAUGGUGUGGUAUUCCCAAGGAAGAGAGAACAGCUCCAGGGAGCUCUGUGCUGCUGUUCUGGGUUUAGAGAAGUUUGUUUCUGGCCGCCAUUACUGGGAGGUGGAGGUGGGAAGCAAAGGCAGGUGGACCUUGGGUGUGUGCCAAAACCGCCUUCCUCGGAACUGGAGCAAUCACACUGCAGUUCACAAGGGUGUCUGGGCAGUGGGGCUAUAUACCGAGGAGGAGGGCUAUGUAGCAUUUGGUCCCAGGAAAACCCACAUCAUGACAAGAGUCAGACCCAGUAAGGUUGGCAUUUUUUUGGACUAUGAAUUAGGUGAGGUUUUCUUUUACAAUAUGACUGAUAAGUCUCUUCUCUAUAGUUUUAGUGAUUCCUUUACUAAUCCCAUCUGCUCUUUUUUCUGUCCUGGAGUAGAUCCUGAACCUCUAAAAAUUGCUCCACUGUCUAGAUGAUGGAAAACAAGUUAAGGCUAGUUUAGACAGUCAAUUUCAUCAUAUUUCUAGAGCCUUUGAUUUUUUUAAUUUUUUUUUUUAUUU